AUGCGUGCGUGGCACAAAGUCUUUUGCGAUAGUUGUGCCUUAAUGUGCCUGUAGACGCAAAUCCAGCGACAUUUGUGGAAGUCUCCAUUACACGUCACAACCCCGCACAUCUGGAUGUGACCGUCUCGACGGGCCUUUUAUUUCCUAUCAAUCAAUCACGCAUGUCCGUGUGUGUUCAUUCACACAUCCGUGUGUUCAGAUCUCAUGGCUGUGUGGCGCGCGCACGCACUCGCACACCUGAUUGCUUUUUCUGUAUCACUGUAUUUUCGUGACUCAGUCAAUCAUAAAGAGGACAGUGGGAGUUUAAUUGAAUAAAGGAACGAGGAGAGAGAGAGAGAGAGAAAGAAACAGAGAGGGAGGGACUCGAUGUGGCCAUACAGGCUGCGGAGUGUUUGUUUAUUUAUUUGUGCUGGCUUCCCUUUUUCUUACUUUCUUAUUAUUUGUCAACUAAUUUUCCAAAAUGAGGUUAAAAGUUGGAUUCAUCCUUCGAAGUCUACUGGUCAUCGGCACGUUUUUGGGGCUGGUUUUGCUUUGGUCUUCGCUGACACCGAGAGGAGUCGACGAUAACCCGUUUGAUGGCGUACUGGCAGGACGAGAUGCAGGUAAACUCUUGCAGCCCAACCUUCCCAACAAUGACAUGGCUGACCAGUUCAAGCCGGUUGUUCCUUGGCCCCACGUUGAAGGAGUUGAGGUCGAUUUGGAGUCUAUCCGCCAGAAAAAUGGUGACAAGCCAAACCCUGCAUUCAAAGCCCAAAACCAGCAGAAUGACAUCCAGAAGCAAUAUAUCACCUUCAAGCCUCACACCAAUGUGUAUAGUGAACCUGUGUUGAAGAAAGGAAUUCUGGGCAACUUUGAGCCUAAGGAACCUGAGCCUCAGGGGGUCCAGGGCGGACCAGGCGAGGGCAGCAAAGCAUUCGUACUGGGAGCGGAGUACAAAGAUUCUGUUCAGGCCAGCAUCAAGGAAUUCGGUUUUAAUAUGGUAGCCAGCGACAUGAUUUCUCUGGAUCGAACCAUUGGCGACUUGCGACACGAAGAGUGUAAAUACUGGCACUAUGAUGAAAACCUCCUCACGUCCAGUGUGAUCAUUGUCUUCCAUAAUGAGGGCUGGUCCACCUUGAUGAGGACGGUGCACAGCGUCAUCAAAAGAACCCCAAGGAAAUACCUGGCUGAGAUUGUCAUGAUAGAUGACUUUAGUAACAAAGUUCAUCUUAAAGAGAGGCUGGAGGACUACAUAAAAAAAUGGAAUGGUUUGGUCAAACUGUUCCGCAAUGAGAAGAGAGAGGGUCUGAUCCAGGCCAGGAGCAUAGGAGCCCACAAAGCCACUCUGGGACAGGUGCUGAUCUACCUCGAUGCUCAUUGUGAAGUUGGGGUGAACUGGUACGCCCCACUUGUGGCCCCCAUUUCAAAAGAUCGAACGGUCUGCACAGUACCGUUGAUAGAUUACAUAGACGGCAAUGAUUAUACCAUAGAGCCACAGCAGGGAGGGGAUGAGGACGGUCUGGCGCGAGGCGCCUGGGACUGGAGCCUCCUGUGGAAAAGAGUCCCUCUCAGCAGCAGGGAGAAGGCUAAGAGAAAGCAUAAGACAGAGCCUUAUCGGUCUCCUGCGAUGGCUGGAGGACUCUUCGCAAUCGAGAGAGAUUUCUUCUUCGAGCUGGGCCUCUAUGAUCCAGGCCUUCAGAUCUGGGGAGGAGAAAACUUUGAGAUAUCCUACAAGAUAUGGCAGUGUGGUGGGCAGCUUCUGUUCGUGCCAUGCUCCCGGGUGGGGCACAUCUACCGUCUGCAGGGCUGGCAGGGAAACCCACCUCCAGCUCAUGUAGGCUCGUCCCCCACACUUAAGAACUAUGUGCGAGUGGUGGAGGUGUGGUGGGAUGAGUAUAAAGACUAUUUCUACGCAAGUCGACCGGAAACACUGACGCUGGCUUACGGAGACAUCAGCAGCUUGAAAAAGUUCAGAGAGGAACAUCGCUGCAAGAGCUUCAAGUGGUUCAUGGAAGAGAUUGCCUAUGACAUCCCUCUACAUUACCCACUGCCUCCAAAGAAUGUGGAAUGGGGAGAGAUCCGUGGGUUUGAGACCAGCUACUGCAUCGACAGCAUGGGCCACACCAAUGGUGGCAAUGUCGAAAUUGGGCCUUGUCAUAGAAUGGGUGGAAAUCAGCUCUUUAGAAUUAAUGACGCAAACCAGCUCAUGCAGUAUGACCAGUGCCUGACAAAGGGGGGAGACGGAACUGCUGUCAUGAUAACACACUGCAACUUAAAUGAGCACACAGAGUGGAGAUAUUUUAAGGAUCUACAUCGAUUCACACAUAUACCUACAGGGAAAUGCUUGGAUCGCUCUGAUGUCUUGCACAAAGUUUAUAUAACUGACUGUGACAACAGCAAGAGCUCACAGAAAUGGGAGAUGAACAACAUUGUGGCAGUUUGAGAGCCAGGCUCAAAUGUGCUUCAAGGAUAAACACGUACUACAGCAACAGGUUUUACCAGUAUACAUGUGACUAAUUAUAUUUUAGUCAUCACCCGAAGAACUCUGAUCAUAAAGAAACUUUUUUUUUCUCUCCAUUGAAGACAAUGUUUACAUCGGUUCAUUCCCAUUGUCCAUCACAUGGGUUUUUCUUGUGAAUCUGUGGGUUGGAGGGGUCUACCUAACAGAAUGUUUUUCCCUUCCACAGAAUGUGCACAAUGUGUGCUGAGAUGAAUUAUGUAAUACCACUUUUGUUGCUGCUCCAUUAUAAAAUGUAGGUUGUCCAUCAAGUAAUAGGAUGCAUAUAUUUUUUUUUAACACUGGACUUUCAUCAUGUUUGAGGUGACAACCUGCCCCUUGAACUAUUUUCGUCUUUGGCACAAUGGCACUUUUUUUUUGCCAUAUACUAUGGGUAAAGAAUGGGACUGGAGAGAAAGGGGAAAUGGGGAUAUAGGGUUGACAAUGAUAAAAAAAAAGAAAUCAAAUUUAUUUUUGUCUACUGCAUUAAGUUUGCUUGGAUGGGGGAAUAGAUGUUUAUUUGUAUGUGAAAAUCAACGUUUGAUUAUAAUACUCUUCAUGGCCGAAAAUCAUCUAGAGCAAGUGGAGCAAAGAUAUGCAUUAAGGGCAAGAAUGAUUGCAAUGUGUAAAUUUGUGUUUGUUUUCUACAAUGUAAAUAUGAUUAUUUCUAAAUUAACAUUUUGAGAUCUGGUGAGCUUCCCAAUGAAGGUGUAAAUACCUAACUUAUAAUGGUUGUUUUCUCAAGAAAAUAAAUGGAACAUUUUUACAAGUC